AUGGAUCUCGGGAAACAAGCCAGCGAUGACGAGGAUAACGAGAUCGAGAUUGUGGAGCCCAAAACUGACACCAUUACCAUCGAUUCGGACAACGAAGAUGACACGCCCUCGACUUCAACGCAACAACCUCAACAGCAGGCCAUUAUGAAGAUAACUUCUGUCACAUCGGCGGCACCGAAAAGCGAACAGGUGGAGAACCAGGCCGACAUCGAUGUGGCGGCCUUCAGCUCCACGAUAUUGGCCAGCCUGCUGGAAGUGGAACUCCAGGAAGGGUCCACUGAGCCGAAGUCCGUUUCUCCCGGCCAAAAGAAACAGCCGCGCAAGAAGACAACGAAUAAGCCAAACCCGGCUCUUCUGCAGCUGGAACGCCAGCGCAUGGAGGAGCUGAAGAAAUCCGAUGCCAAGCUGAAAAUGAAGGUUGUGGUUAGGUUAAAGCGAGCUGAGGAUGAGUUCGAGGUGGCCCGCAAAUGGGUUGAGGAAUGCAGGAAAAAUGCUGCCAAGGAAGUGUCAUCAAAUGAUGCAACCAAGGAGCCAGCGAAGGCGCCAAGUGAAAAGGCAGCAGACUCCACCAAAAAGAUUUCGGAAAAACAGGAAAUUAAAGAGAAAGAAUCCUCGGACAAGAAAGAUUCUAUAAAGGAACAAGGCGAGGAAAAAGUGACUGUCGUUGAUAAGGAAAAGUCCAAAAAUAAGGAAAAAAUUGGAGAAAUAUUGAAAGCGGCAAUAAAAGCCAAAAUUGGAGAAAAGGAGAAGAAAUUGGCUAAAGAAAAACUUGCACAGGAUGAAAAUACAAUUGACAAAGAGAAGAAAUUAGAAGCAGAUAAAUCAAAUAAAGAAAAAUUAGUAACAAAAGAAAUAGGAAAUAAAGAAACAUCAGAUAUAGAAAAGGAAAAAGUAGCUGAAAAGAUAGAAUCCAAAAUUGUAAAGGAAGGAAUUGAGGAGGAAUCCUGUCAAGUCUCAAAAAAAGGUAAGGAUGUCAAUAGCAAAGAAGUUUCGGAAAAAAAAAAUCUGAAAAUACAGAAAUGGAAGUAGAUUCUGAAAUAGCUUCGGAAGAAAAACAGGCUGAUCCCAAAGAAAUUGACGUCGACUCCGAAAAAAAAUCAGAAAAAGAGCUGAGUGGUGCUGCAGAAAUGGAAGUAGAGUCCGAUAUUGUUUUAGAAAAAGAAAAGGCUGAUAAACAAGAAAAGAAAGACGAUCUUGACCCAGUUUCAGAAAACAAAAAAGCUGAAAAAGAUACAAAUCAAAAUACGAAACCAUCUGUAAUUAAGGAGGAUGAAAAGAAGCUGCUCAAAGAAAUGUUUUCUGAGGACGAAACGAGUGAAAUAGAAGAAGUCACUG